AUGGCGGCUGGCAAGGAAAACUUCGAAGCCAGACAUUUCGAUGAGGACCAUCCAUUCGAUGGCUCCGGGAUGGCGCAGCGGACGUGUACAGACAUGCCUUGCCUUGUGAUCUUCAUCGGAUACAUGAUCGGCAUGAUGUGCAUCAGUGGCUACGCCUUCCACAAAGGCGAUCCAAGAAGACUAACGCAUGGCUUCGACUACAAGGGGGACUUGUGCGGAGUGGACAUGGCAGUCGCGGAUAGACCUCUACUCUAUUGGUGCGCAGCCGGGAGUAGGCUGACAGACAGCGGCCACCCCGAGCAGCUAGACACCAAGUACCCGAUCUGCGUAGAGCGGUGUCCCAUGGGCUCCUCCGAAUGGAUGCCUUGCCUUGGCGAGUCCAGCGUGCAGGUGACGCCGUCGGGCAGCGAGCCUUUCGUCUCGCAGCGCAUCACCAUCACUCAGAACACCGUGAAGCAAGCGUCCUACCGAACCCGGGAGUUUGCCGGCAUGUUCUGCGUGCCCCACUUUAACGAGGAUCAGGAAAUCCUUGGGGACGAUCCCCUCGUGGAGUCUCUCCUCGACGAUUAUGGGCCGAUAGGUAACUCCUACUACCGGAUGGCCGCAGCCUUUGGUGGUCUUCGCAGGUCCUGGCGGAUGGUCCUCGGCGCAGUGGUGUUCUCGGUCUUCCUCAGCUACCUCUACCUGCUGCUCUUGAGGAUUGCGCCCUACCCCACGGCCAUUGUUAGCUUGGCCCUGGUGAUGCUGGCAACUUUGUUUCUCUCCGUCUACUUCCUCUUGGGCGAGGUGCUGUCGGGCGACUGGAAGGUGAGCUAUCAGAACAACAACAGCUUCUACAAGCUCUUCGCGACGAGCUACGCGGCCUGGGUCUCCAGGAUUGUGGGAAUCCUCCUCCUGGGCAUGUUCUUCUUCAUGGUGUGCGGCCUCGCGGCCAUGCAGCGCGCUAUCUACACCGCCGUCGGCUGUGUCAACAUGGCGGUAGGCUGCAUCUUUGGUAUGCCUUCGAUGAUGCUCACGCCUUGCGUGGAGGCUAUCGUCAAGCUGGCCUUAUGGUUCCAGCUCUUCAGUGGGCUGACUUGGCUCUUGGCCACCGCGGAGAUGGAGCCAACAAGCCUGGAGUCGCGGGGGGACGUGGUGGCUGGAAUGACUCGCAAGCUUGUCUUUAGCCACGAGCAGACAGCCAUGCUGGUCUACUACGUCGUUGGCACCAUCUGGCUGGUGGAGCUCAGCAAGUCUUUGACCACCUUCGUGGUUUCCUACGCUGUGAUCCUCUGGUAUUACCAGCCGAAGCCCAAAGGCCUCGGACCGUCAUUCCCUCUGAUGCGGGGCUUGAUCGUUUGCUUCUUCUUUCACCUCGGCACCCUUGCCUUGGGCUCCUUCAUGACAGCGGUGACACGGCCUUUCCGGAUCACCUUCACGUGGCUCUCGCGGCAGUCCAAAGAGGGUGGGAAUCCCUGCAUCUCGCUGCUGGCCACCCUCUGCACCGCUUGCAUCAGCUUCACUCAGAGGCAUCUGGCGUUCCUGACCAAGGAUGCCUAUAUCGAUGUGGUCAUCUCAUCGACACCGUUCCUGACGGCUGCGCAGAAUGCUUUCGGUUUCAUCAAGGCCGAUACUGGCAAAGUCUCCAGCCUUAGCGGCUCCGUUUGGAUCAUUAGCUUCGCCGUGACCUCGGGCGUCUUCACACUCUCCGUAGCGAUGCUGUGGACGCUCCUGGUGUUGAACGACCAGCAGAUGAAGGACAGCCACUACCGGGUUGAAAACCCCUACUUCGUAGCCACCCUCAGUGGGCUCCUCUCGGCGUCCCUGGCGGGCUCCUUCAUGGUGAUCUUCGAGCACUGCUCGGACACCUUGCUGUACGUCUUUCACUGGAACAAGUCGCAUGGCCACAACACCGUCGCCAAGUACUGCCCCGACGAAUUAAUGCAGCUUAUGGAGUACAAGAAGGUAGCUGGAAAUGGGAAGUCAGCACGGCCUGAACAGGCUGGCAACUUGGCUCAGCGGUCUGUUUGGGAGCUCUCCGUGCGAUCAGGCAUGGUGGAGUAUAGCAUCGUAGCGUAG